AUAGGAGGUCAAGGAUUAUUUUAGACAGCUUACAUUCUUUACCUUCAGAACUUUUAAUCAGAUGAUAUAACGAUUGACAAGGACAUAAAGUUUAGCGUAAUCGAAGAUGUCGGACAAUCAAUCAAGAAAUGUUUGGAUAAAAAUAGAUAAUCCCCUUGGUCCAAAUACUCUAGCAAAGUAUAAAGAUAUAUAUGAAGAUGUUUUAGACGAUAGAAGACUUUCCAGUGAUUUAAAAUUUUGUUUAAGAAAUCAGGAAAAUGUUCCAAAAUUCAAGUACAAUACUGAAAGAAGUUCAUCAGAUAUAAAGGAACAAGUAUUGAAAAGUGAUAGAGUUAGAUAUGUAAUCGAACAUCUGAUUUCUGAUAAAAAAAGCGAUAAAGCAUCAGUUGAGAAAGAAGCUGAAGAAAUUCUUGCCGAAAUGGCUCACAAUUUCAACAUGGGUUCUAUUAGAUUUUUUGCCUUUUUCAUGGUAAAAGUCUUUAAAGCACUCUUUCGAAGAGUUUACGUUAAUGCAGACGGAAUUCAAAUGUUAAGGGAACUAAUAAAAGAAUACCCUGUACUAUUUAUACCAACACAUAGAAGUUACUUUGAUUUUCUUCUAAUCUCAUAUAUUUGCUACGAGUACGAAAUUCCAUUACCAGCUAUAGCAGCCGCAAUGGAUUUUAGUAACAUGAAAUUUUUUGGUUGGUUGUUGAGGCAGUGUGGAGCUUUUUACAUACGUCGCUCUUUCGGUACGGAUAAAUUAUAUUGGGCCAUUUUUACGGAAUAUGUACAAAGUCAUAUACGUAAUGGUGAUAGGCCUGUGGAGUUUUUUAUCGAAGGAACUAGAAGUCGAACAGCUAAAUCUUACGUUCCUAAAGUUGGAAUGCUAUCAGCAACUUUGGAAUCUUACUUUAAAGCUGAGGUUUCCGACAUUAUGCUCGUGCCUAUAUCUAUAUCUUACGAAAAAAUAUUAGAAGAAUCCCUAUAUGCAUUCGAAUUGUUGGGUAUUCCGAAGCCGAAAGAAUCCACUUCCGGGUUAUUUAAGGCUAGAAACGUUUUAAAUACCGAUCAUGGUACGGUACACUUUCAUAUAGGCACCCCUAUUUCACUCAGGCAAUGGAGUGUUGAUGGAAACUUAGACCGUAUUGUUCACUCACUAGAACCGCGCUAUAUUAAUAGCUUGACAGAUGAUGAGAAUGAAUUAAGUAAAAAGCUUGCGUAUCAUCUAGUAUUAGAGCAGCAAAAGAUGCUCGUUCUCUCUCCAUGGACGCUAAUAGCAACAGUUUUAAUUCAGGCCAAAGGAGGUAUGGUUCAUAUUAAGGAAUUAAGCAAAGAAGUUGAUUGGUUAAAGAGGCAACUUUUUAAUUUGGGUGCAUACGUUGAUUGGCCUGCUAAUGUUCAAGUAGAGAAUGUUAUUGAACAUUAUGCAAAUCUGCAUUCAAAUAUUGUCAGAGUGCGAGAAGAUGGAAUAUUCGAAAUCUUGUCACAGAAUUCAGUUAAACGUGGAAAAAAACUACUUCAAGAUGAAGUUUUUCUUAAUGGAGCUACUAACGUCAUGCUUUCAUCAUACCGGAAUCAAUUAAUGCAUGUAAUAGUUAGAGUUUGCCUUGUCUCUGUAGUAGUUAAUUCUUGCCAGUCAACCUCUCUGAAAAUAGUCGAUAUGCUGGAACAGUAUGCGUUUUUAGAGCGUCUCCUAUCUAGGGAGUUUAUAUUUAUUAGUGGAAAGACCAAGGAAGAUUUUAACAACGCAGUUAUAUGGCUCCAGCAUGUUGGUGCUUUGCAUAUAGAGGACGAAGAGGGUAAUAUCAAAUUCUCUUUGAAUAAGCACAUUGCCUUCUUUAGUGCUGUUCUUGAGCCAUUCCUUAUAUCCUAUUGGGUUUUGUGUCAGCAUUUGUUAUCGUUACCGGUUGAUGUCCAUGGAAGAGCACUAGCCAAAAAACAUAAAGAAAUAGCCAUCGACGCACAGCAAUUGGGUCUAAAAUUAUUACAAGACUCUGUAAUUAAAAAUCAUGAGAUAUUAAAUCUUGAUAUGCUGUCGAACGGCCUUCAUUCGUUAAUUGAUAUGGGUACUAUGUAUAAAGAUAAGAGAGUUGAAGAAAACUAUGUUUCACCGAAUCAUCGACUCGUUUCCGGUAUAGCAAAAAAAUUAGCGACUUUGGUUGAAACUCCAUCAUGGACGCAGAUUGGAAAUUAUACGAAUAAGCCAAUCACCCAAUCGCUUUCAUCAAAAUUAUAA